UUGUCCUUCUCUACCUCUCGGCAAAGGCUCAUUCCGCAUCUCCCUGUGCUUGGCGCAGGGGUUGCUCCUCUAAAAAUACGGUAGCAAAUUGAGACAUCAGGAGCCUUUUCUUUUGUCUCUGUUUUUUCCCUUUUGAUGGAAGAAAUAUCAAAGACAUCAAUUACAACCAUCUCCAGGGACAAAAACAAGGCUCCUGAUCAAAAUGGCUUGCCUUUGACGAAGAAAAGAAAGCGCGCAUCCGCAAUUAGCCUGCUCAAGGCGACGCUUUAUGUGUUGGGUCUUAGAUCAAGCAAGUCAAAAUCAAAAUCCGUUCAGGUUAAUUUGUUUUCCAAAUUCUACUGGAAGGGGCUUGUAGGGUCAAUGCGCCCAAUGCAUUUACAGAGCAACCAAUCCCCACCCCCUGCUAUCGAGGCCGAACCUGCAAUCAUGCCUGAGGAGGAGUCUAUACCUCUUGGCAAAUAUAUAGGGGAAGAGAUUUCGUCGCCCUUAUCUCCAAGGAGGGACAGCUCUCCGUCCCCAGUCUUCUCCAUGUCCUCUUACGGCUCCGUGAGUGACUUGAGCCAAUAUGAGUCACCUUUGAAUCUUCCAGAUCUUCAGCAUGUUAUAAAAUCUUGCGAAGAGAUCACCCAAGAGCCGGAGUUUUGGUACGGUGAUGACGAUGGCGACGAGAUGAUUGAUGCUAAGGCUGAAGAAUUCAUAGCUCAGUUCUACGAACAAAUGAGGCGUCAAAACUUGAAUGGAUGAAUCGUUACAAUUGCGGAAAAACAGUGUUCAAUAACGUACGGACGGCAUUGGUUUGCAUGCAUGCACGUUGCAUUGUUCGUUUUCUGUCUUUUUUUUUUUUUGUUCUUUUUUAUAUUUAUCUUUGUGGUUCAUAGGGAAAGUCGGGGCUGGUGGAAAACAUACAGUUGCAAGGCGAAUAGUAAGUGUAGCAAAUAAAGAGAGGAUAUCCUCUGCUGUGUUUUACUUACUAUAUAGAACUUGGGAUAUGGAGGUGUUAGGUGUAAUUUUGUUUUAAUUCAAGUAUAAAUGGCAUGAUUUGGUUAUAACUA